UAUUUUUUCAUACCUCAAUUAAGUUUUCUUACAACCAAUCCAAAAAUAUCUGCAACAACCCCCAACUCUUACAAAUACAGACACACAUUCUCACACAAACCUUCAUCAUUAAGAGAAAAAAUGGAGGUUUACAGGCCAAACAGGAGUGACGUUCAUCUCUCAGCUCAGGAAGAAGCUUCCUUAGAGGCCAAAACAAGAGACUACUUUGAUGGAGUCGCUCCACAACGCCACACCAAACCUCAACGCAGUGACUAUUCCACUCGAUAUGUUGAUGCUUUUUCCAAUACCAAACAAUCUUCUAUUCCAGAAUUCAUACACUUUCAAAACCUUGAGAAUGAUCCCCAAGAGAAGAAACUGGUGUACAAUGGGAGUGAAGUAACAGAGGAAUUUGUGGAAACAGAGUAUUACAAAGAUCUAAACAGUGUGGACAAACACCACCAUACGACUGGAACAGGAUUUAUCAAAGUAGAGAAAAGUGGAAAAAGCUUUCACAUUGAACCAGAUAAUGACACUACUUGCCAUCAUUCUUGCAUGUGCAAUCCAGCAACCAAUGAUUGGGUUCCUGCUACUUCCAAUGAGGUGGAUUUCAAUUCAGACAAGCCUAAGAGGAGUGAGAAUUAAAAUCAAGGAGUGACCAGAUGAAAUGUGGAUUCAACUUGGUGUUUUAGGUUGCAAUCCAAGCUAAAUUAAAUAAAAGAACUUGUGAUUUGAAUGCAAGUUUAUUGUGUUUUAAAUAUGGUACUAGUUUGCAUUUCAUGUUGUAUCUUUGAUGUAUUGGAUUUCUGGUAAAAUGGUAUAAAUUAGAGACUGUGUUUAGUAUGUCUGGUUUACAAUACAAUAUUCAUUAUCUGUGA